CAGUGAAAAGCAACCCAGUGUCACCUAACUCCAUUUUUAGCACCAUGUGCCUAUGCACAACUGAGUGUGGGAUGCGAUGCGGCAAGAGUUGCCUGCUCCAGCGUCUGCGGUGUAUGCUUCGGUUUAACCAAGGAACCUUUACACCCUCUCAUCCAUCAGUACUUUUAGUACAAUAUUUAAGACACCUUCACCUACAACUAUCCCAAAAUACGCGAAUACACGAAUCAUUUCCUCUAUUUUUCCUUCAUUGAGUGGGCUACAGAGUUCAGAAAAUGUAAUUAGGUUUAUUUUGAACGCAAAACAGUGAUUGAUCGUAGUCCCAUGUAGUUCAUGGUAAUAUGUUUAUUGUUUUAAGGAUUACUUUCACCCAUUUGUUGCAUACCACUGCUUAUUCUUUGACUGAAUUGAGUACUUUAGGUGUGUUGAAUGUCGCAUGUUUCAGAUCGUUCCCAGCAAUCUUCCAUUAGUGAUGAACAUGGCAUACAAAAAACUGAUUCACAACAUAAGGCACAUAAAUUACGUUUUGUUUCUUCUGUAGAACUUAGACACUCUUCAGGAGAAACCUCCACAACGCCUUUAAGUCCGGGAAGUCCAGCGGAUGAUAGUUCCGGCGAGUUGCACCCGAACAAGCCGCGCCUUCAAAGAGUCAAGGUUCAGAGUCGUAAAACUUUUCGAUUGCGCAAGAGUCGCAAAAGUCGCAUCGAAGUUUCGCACAUUAAUAUUGAACCAGAAGAAAUACCUGCAGUGACCACGCCAUCCCAGACGACCUCGCCCACAACUAUCCUCUCCGAACAAACUCCGGCAGAGCUAUCGGUUACGUCGAUUCCACAGCAGGUCUUUGAGCCUAACAAACUGAGAAUAUCCUUUCGCUCUAAACCUACUGAGGGAUCGUGGGACGAAGAUAGCGCAAUUUCUCACACAUCAAGCACGUCAGGCUACAGGGAAUCCUACCCCGUAAUGCAACUUAAGGAAUCCUUAGACUCGAGCCCCAAACCUUGUCCCCCACUUGCUUCGCCAGACAUUCACGAUCUGCCCUCAACAAGUAGCGCGGCGACCAAUUACAUCCACGGUGACAACAGCUCGCCGGAUUGCUCUUUAAAUGAAAAUGGAGAACGUACAGCUCUAUUAAGCCCAACGGAGCGUUCAUCGUCCCAGCAUUCUCUACUUAUGAUUUUUGACUCGCAGGAUGAAACCACACUGAUAUAAAUCCUAUGGUUUAUAACUAAUGUCAAUUAUUUAAUUGGAGUUUGUUCUUGCAAGAAUUAAAAACACUACAAUUAAAAUUGUAAAAGAUAUAAAUUAAUAAUAAAGCAUCCCGUUAGUUAUACAAUUA